AUGGCCGUCUACCUUUUCCCAAUAUUUCUCCGUGCUAAAAACUCCCAUCGUGGAUUUCAACUUGGACAUGGAUCUAAGGAUAACACUCCGAAACAGGUGGCGGCCAAUCAUCAGCUAGCUGCCGCGAAAACCGUCCAGCAAAUCGUUAAAAAAUACUCGCUGAAAGCGCCGAAGAAAACUUAUUAUGAAGACAGAUUCAUAAGGUUUAAGUAUAACGCGGAAGCGGCUAAUUAUCUAUUGAAGAAAAGGAACGAGAAUCAAUUGCACAGGGAUGAGAUCGAUGUGUUCAAACAGGUGGACUCUCUGCAUACUAAAUGGCAGAGGAAAUUUAUGCACCAAUUAAUGGUGAAAGAAAACGUAAUACCAGGGGUGAGACAGAAACAAGUGCUGCGCGCAAACCACUUAUCCACGGAAAACAAGUUGCCUGGAAACUUAGCAGGCCGGCCAAGGGAGCUGUGGGACGAGGAUCAGUUUGAAGAUGGAAUGUGGAAAUCGAAGCCACGAAAGAGGCCUUUAAUAGGCAUUAUAGACUCCAUAUUAGAUAUGCCCGGAUUCCAAACUUCGCCACGUCCAACGUUGCCGAUACAGGGACGUCUGGUCGAUUGGGGGUCGAAGAACAUCAUCGCGGCGGCGGUCCAAGACAUCGUGACGCUGUACAACGGGCAGAACGCGAGCGACAACACGGAACUGGAGAACGUGGAGAUAUCCAACAUCUCGGCUCUGAAAUGGGACAACGCGGGCACGAAGCUAGCCGUUUGCACCAAGUCGUCUCAGGUGAACUUGUACUGCGUCAACUCUCAAAAGAUAAUUUGGACGACCCCGUGCUGCGGCAAGAACUACUUGCCGCUGUGCUACGCGCGUUGCAUCUGCUGGCCUCAGGAUGAUCGACACGUCAUCACGGGAUGCAUGGGGGUGAUCACGGUUCACUCGGUGGAAAAUGGCAACGUCGUUCAAUACAAUCACGCCCACGUUUCCGAGAUUUUGUUACUCGAGUUUUCCUCCAAUUAUCGAUACAUCGCCUCCGCUUCCCAUCACUCGUUGGACAGGAAUAUCCGAAUCUUCAUAUGGCCUUAUCUCAUCCCCUACGUGGAUAUCGAUUACUGCGAACCUGUUCUGGUAAGUGAUAUUUCUUUGGUAAAUAUAUAUAUAUAUAUUUUUUUCAGAAUUAUAAAUACAUAG